AUGAUCCAACAAGAAGAAAAACAUUGGCCAAUCGGAAAUCGAAUGAAUUCCCAAAAGGAUGAUCUUUCAUCCUCCUCCUCCUCCGAACGAGAACCACACCAACAACAACUCACAAAUGAAACACUCCUUUCUUCAUACAAACACAACGGAUUUACAAGAAGAAGACAUUUAUUGUUUAAAGUAGAAGGCUUUGAUCCGCAACAUUUUAAUGGAAAUGCAAAAUUGAAAGAAGCAUUAGAAAAUCAAUUCAAAAUUAAUAUUUGUCGAUUGAAAAUAGCGUUUCGCCAUAACAAACCAUUGAAUUUUGCUGCAGUAGAAUUGGAAGAGGAGAUUCGAUCGAAAGAUGAUCCUACCACGCGAAGCACCGAAUGUUAUGUUCGACAAUGUAUGCAAAAAUUGGAUGGAAAAUUGUUGAGUGGUCAUGUUCUGCAUUGUGAUUUGUUGACCGAUCAUGAAUUGACCUAUUUCAUGAAAAAGAAAAAAGAUACAAGCUCCCUUUCAUCCGUUGAUCAUGAUUCAGCCGAAUCAUUGGAACAUGUAUUUAUUGUUGAUUUUGAGAUGGCAGUGUUGGGAAAGUAUCACAACAUUCCAUGUGAAAUCGCCAUUGCAAAAUUUUGUUUACGAAAACUCAAAAUUGUCGAUCAUUUUCAUUCAUUUAUAUGUCCGACUUAUAUUCCCAAGUGUGACUUUCAAACCAUUGUUUAUACUUCUCAAAAUAUUCAUGGAAUUCCCUUGCAUGAUCCUUCCUAUCAGGAGCUUGAUAUAUUUGAUGACCUUUCUAAAAAUUAUGAUCUUUUACUUGAAAGAAUUUUCAAAUUCUUGGGAUUGCAUGACAUUAAGGAUUUUGUCACAAGUUAUGAGAAGGGGAAUGUUUAUUUUGAACCGAACCAGCCCACCAGCUCCGUCAGCGUCAACAGGGACUCUUCUGUGAAAGUUCUUUCAUCCAGAAAACUAAAUGAUUUAUUGAGACAGCUUUGUAGUAACGCUUGUGACAAGAAGUGUCAUUUCCAUGCACAAACUCUCAAAAUCUUUCACUGUGCUCUCUCUGAUGUAUUUGGAAUUGCUCAUGCUCUAUCUUGUACCAUCGCUUCUCAAUACAAGAACAUUCAAGUCACAAACGAAACAGAUGUGAAAACAACUGUUGAUAUCAAACAACAAGGAAGAGAACAAGAUGAACUUUCGAGCCAGAAUAGUUUUCCAAACGAAGGUGAGAAGAAUGACAUUUCAGAAAUGAAAAAAUGCACUGUUGCACCCACAAUGAUGGAAAGCAUUGAUCCAAAACUGUAUCAACAAAUUGAGGAAGAAUGGACAUGUGGAGAAACGAUCGAGUAUUUCUACAACUAA